CCGCGGUCCAAAAGCCUCAUAACAUCACUCUCAAUCAAAAGCAUCUCCUCUCAUCUCUCCCGUGGGUGGGACUCUCCGCUCUCUUAACUUUUCUGCUGCUCUCUGUUCUUGUUUUGCUGCUGUCGCUCGCGCUCUCUUCUUUCCCGUCCUCUUAUGUGCUGUUGUGUUGUUCUACGGAGAGCAGAGGUUUCUCAAGACUAGAACCCUCUGUCCUUGCUCCUGCGGCUCUGGGAUUCAAGUACUCUGUGCUCGCUUGCUGGAGUUUCUUUCACCUUGGCGAGGGAAGGAGAGCAAAUGCGAAUAGGAUAGAGUUUGAGGAAUGAAUCUGAUGGACGCUACGUUCCUGGUGCCCGUGAAGCGGACGGAGCACGUCGUGGUGACGACGAAACCCCUGUCGGCGCGGCCGCGCACGGUGCGCGUCUUCUGCGACGACUAUGACGCCACUGACUCCUCCGGCGACGAAAGUGAGUGCUGCCACUCCCGCCGCCGCGUGCGGCGGUACGUCCAGGAGGUACGGUUCGAGGCGCGCCCCGACCGCGGCGGAGCCCAGGCCGUGGCGGAGGCGGGGAAGAGCAAGGCCGCCAAGGGCGGCGGAGCCGUCAAGAAGCGCAAGGGCGGCCCGUUCGCGGCCGCGAGUGGCGAUGGGAGCGUGCAGAGGUUCCGGGGCGUCCGGCGGAGGCCGUGGGGGAAGUACGCGGCGGAGAUUCGCGACCCCUUUCGGCGAGUCCGAGUGUGGCUCGGCACGUUCAACACCGCCGAGGAGGCCGCCAAGGUCUACGACUCCGCCGCCAUCCAGCUCCGCGGUCCCGACGCCACCACCAACUUCGCCCGCCCCACUGCGACCGCCGCCGCCGCCACGACCCGCAUGACUCCUCCUCCUCCUCCACCGAAGAGGAACCUGUCCGACAACAACCUCACCUCCGUAUCUGGCGGAUACGAGUCCGCCGAGGAGUCACACAACCUCUCCUCCCCGACCUCCGUCCUCCGCGGGCUAUCAUCCUCCUUCGCCAAGCCCACCGACUCGGCGGAGAAGCCGAAACCCCCGGCGACGGUUGGCGACGAGAUUGGCGGCGCGACCAGCCCAUCGGUACAGCUCGGCGGGUUUCUUCCCCUGGACGACGAGGAGUCGCUUUUCGACGGCGUGCUCGGCUUCUUCGACGACGACCCUUCCCCAAUCGGCUACCUAGCGGAGGACGUGAGCGACGCCUUCCUUCUCGGCUCGGGGCUCGACGACGUCGACCUCCACGCAUCGACGUCGACGUGGCAAGGGGCGGACGAGUUUUUCGAGGGCAUCGGCGACCUGUUCCCGAUCGAACCCCUCCCCGCCAUCUAAGCGCGAGUCUUCGGAGACGCUUCCGUCGCCGGACGCCGAUUCAUCGGCCGAUUUUGUCGCUCUACUCUUUUUCUUUUAUAUCUC